AUGGCAGACGAAGGCAAGAAGCGCAAGGUGAGCGAAAUCGCCGAGGAUGCCGACGACAGCGUGGAUAAGGCCGAAGCGCCGGCGCAGCAAGUGGAGGACGCCACCGAAGUGGCGCAACGCAAGGCCGACUGGGAGGCCAAGGCGGCCGUAAAUCGCGAACGGCUUGGACAGCUGGAGCAGGAAUCGGCUGCAGACUUGGUGAAAAGCGCCAUGCAGACAGUGGGCGCCGAAGGUAUGCAAAAGCUGCUGGAGCAGCACUUGGCACGGGAGGAGGCAGCCAAGAAGAGAAGAGCGGCCGAAGAGGUGAAGGCGAAGGCAAUGCGCGCCGAAGAGGCCAAAACGAUCGCAGCGGCUGCGGCGAAGGCGCCUGACGAAGCAGCGAGUAAGGCGGCCAGCGGAGGUGUCACUGGGACACCAUCAAGUGAUGGGGGACAUCCCAACGCUGCAUGCGUCGGGGGAAAGGAAGGAAAGGUGAGCGGCAUGGAAGCCGCCAUAACGACGCAGGCCAAAGUGGAAGCCGAACUUGGUGGACCGGAGCGGAUCGGCCUCGCCCGCGAAGAAGUUUUUGAGCGUAAGUUGAAGUUCCACUGGGAUUGCUCUCGGAUCUACACGCCUGCCCGUUGGUGUGGCGUGGACUUGGGGUAUGUGUGCGACGUUACGCGCCGUUUGACGGUAGUGGGCGAGUUCGACGAGACUCGCGACGAUUGGGGAUACCAGACGGCCAAUACUGCCGGUGUGGAACGAUACCUGCUUUUGAAACAGUGUGGCCGUCAGCCAUCUUGA